UUUAGGGCCGCCAUUUUGUGUUAGGCCCACUCUUCCAAAGCGGGAGAAAAUUAUUAGUCCGGCGCUCAGCACGCACGGACGGCCACAGCAGGAUCGAAGGGAGCGAUCACAGACGCAGAGCUUCGAAGUGAAUAUAACGAGGAAAAGAAACAGCCGGGAGGUGUUCAUUGGCCUAUCACCAUGGAGGGUGAGGUUGUUACCAUGGAAACCACCCAGGCUGAUGGAAAGGCCCUACCAGAAGGAGGAGAGACCUUGAUGCAAGGGGCAGCCAUAGCUCAACAGGGGGAGGUGGCUGGUAACAUGGAGAUGAUGGUGAUGGAUGCUCUUGAUCCGACUCUGCUGCAAAUGAAGACGGAGGUGUUGGAGGGCGGUGGCACCGUGACUGUUACUGGUGGUGAUGAUGGUCAGAUCAUCACACUCCAGGUGGUGAAUAUGGAGGAGCAGGCUGGAGCUGCAUUAGGUCUUGGUCAGCUUCAGCUGGUGCAGGUACCUGUCACAACAGCAACUGUGGAAGGGCUCCAGGCCACCUAUGUUGAUGCAUCAGCAGGAAACAAAGAUGCAGAGCCGGUUAUCUGUCACACUCUUCCCUUGCCUGAGGGUUUCCAGGUGGUAAAAGUCGGGGCCAAUGGUGAAGUAGAGACUGUAGAGCAGGAGGAGCUCCAGGCAGCCCAUGAGGAGCUUCAAGGAUCAAUGGCAGAGGAGGAAGGAGAAGAGCCAGCAGAAAUAGAAACGGCUGUGCCACAGCAAGAAGAAGCAGAAUGGUCCAAGGACCCUGAUUACCAGCCCAUCACCACCUUGCGUAAAGGAAAGAAAGGAAAGAAGAGCCGCCUGCGGUAUGGGGAGGGCAAUCGUGACAUGGAUGUCUCUGUGUACGAUUUUGAAGAAGAGCAGCAGGAGGGGCUGCUGUCAGAAGUGAAUGCUGAGAAGGUUGUAGGCAACAUGAAGCCACCAAAGCCCACCAAGAUCAAGAAAAAAGGUGUAAAGAAGACCUUCCAGUGUGAGUUGUGUAGCUAUACCUGCCCAAGGCGCUCCAACCUGGACCGACACAUGAAGAGCCACACAGACGAGAGACCGCAUAAAUGUCACUUGUGUGGACGGGCUUUUCGGACAGUGACACUGCUGAGGAACCACCUCAACACACAUACAGGUACUCGGCCACACAAAUGCACGGAUUGUGACAUGGCAUUUGUGACCAGCGGUGAAUUGGUGCGUCAUCGUCGUUACAAACACACGCAUGAGAAGCCCUUUAAGUGCUCCAUGUGUGACUAUUGCAGUGUGGAGGUCAGCAAGCUGAAAAGGCACAUCCGCUCUCAUACAGGAGAGCGACCCUUCCAGUGCAGUCUGUGCAGCUAUGCUAGCAGGGACACGUACAAGCUGAAGAGACACAUGAGGACACACUCGGGUGAGAAGCCGUACGAGUGCUACAUCUGCCAUGCCCGUUUCACACAGAGUGGCACCAUGAAGAUGCAUAUUCUGCAGAAACACACUGAGAAUGUGGCUAAGUUCCACUGCCCACACUGUGAUACUGUCAUCGCACGCAAGAGUGACCUUGGUGUUCACUUGCGGAAGCAACACUCAUUCAUUGAGACAGGAAAGAAAUGUCGUUACUGUGAUGCUGUUUUUCAUGAGCGAUAUGCUCUCAUCCAACACCAGAAGACCCACAAGAAUGAGAAACGUUUCAAGUGUGAACAGUGUGACUACUGUUGCCGACAGGAACGCCACAUGAUAAUGCACAAGCGCACACACACUGGAGAGAAGCCGUUCGCCUGCAGCCAGUGUGAGAAAACAUUCCGGCAGAAGCAGCUUCUGGAUAUGCACUUCAAGCGCUACCAUGAUCCCAACUUUAUCCCCACUGCCUUCGUCUGCAGCAAGUGCAGCAAAACCUUCACCCGCAGGAAUACUAUGCUGCGUCAUGCUGAGAACUGCAAUGGUGAGGUUGCUGAUGAAGAAAAUGGAAACCCCACACCCAAAAAGGGUCGCAGGGGCAGGAAGAGGAAGAUGCAGACUAGGAGGAAUGAUGAUGAUGACGACACAGAGGCUGAGGCUGAGGCUGAACUGGAUGAUGAGGAAGAGGAGGAGGAGGAGGAGGAAGAGGAGGAUGAAGAGCUUUUAAGUGGAAUUGAGGUGGAACAGGCCCCACCAGUUGUACCUAUCCCAGCCCCUGUGGAGCCACCAGUCAAGAGGAAACGUGGACGCCCCCCAAAGAACAAACCCGACACGGCUGCGAUUAUCCGUGUUGAGGAUGAGGCCACCGGAGAGGUGGAUGACAUCAUCGUGAAGAAGGAGGUUGGCGCUGAACAAGAUGACCAGGAAGAUGGCAACGACGAGACCGUGGAGCAGGUGGUGGUCGGUGGAGGGAAGUCUACCAUUCAGAUGGAGUUGUCGUCCCAGGAAGGGGGCACAGCACAGCUGUCUGAAGCCCCACCUAAUGGAGACCUGACCCCUGAGAUGAUCCUCAGCAUGAUGGACCGGUGAUGGAUGUGAGGGUUCACCCUGUAAACACACGCAUCACCGCUUAAUUUUUUUAAAAUUUAGGAUGACAAACACUUCCUAAACAGAAACAAACAUCACUGUUGUAAUUUAAGAUUUGCUUUUUAAUCGUGUAUUGAUAAAAGACUUCGAUGAGUGAAAAAGAUUUUUAAUAAGGAUUUGACUACCAAAAAAUGCAUAUUUCAGAACAUACGAUUUUGAGGUUGCCGUAAUUGACAGCAGUAUUCUUUGCUUUCUCAUUGUUGUAAACUUGUUAUCCACUUUUGUGUAAUUAGUAAGGGAUCUUGCUUUACUGCAUAUUGAAAAGAAUUUUGAAUAUCCUCACUGAAGAGCGCAAUGUACCUCUCAGUUUGGACAGAAAACUGCUGCAGUAUCAUCAGAAUUGUCCUUAUACUGAGAGGCAACUCUUGAUGGAUUUACUGCCUUAAUCACAGCCACCUCAACAUAAGAAAAAAAUAUUUUUAUUUUGUUUUCUUUUUCUGUGGUUAGUAAAUCCCUUUUUAAUCUAGUUUUUAAGAGCUUAAAUAGACUGCUUAUCUUAUGCUCCUUUCUUGCUACUGUAACAUCCCUAGAUAAUGCAUAUGUACUAAACAUUGUCACAGAUAAUUUCAAGGAAAUAAUGUUUGUUUUUUUUGCUCCUUUUGUGUAGCCAUUCCACUUUGGGUUGAUGUUUUCCUUUUGUACCAUUGGCAAUGCAAUGCUACGUAGCUGCUUGAAUGAUAUUUGAAUAACUGUGGCAAUUGAGACCGGAUGUAUGACUGUACAACCAAUAAAAAAACAAAACAAAAAAAAACAACAAAGUAUACAUUGAGAGUGAUUUAGGUUUUUGCAGCUGUAAUUAUUUUAUCAUGGAUAUUUAAAGUCAAGAGAUGACACAUGUUGGUGGUACAGUUACUGGAAAAAGUCUCGAAUCAUUGUUUUAUCAGAAUUGGCUUGGUAACACACGAGUGUUGACACAGAAAUGUCCGUGUAUUUUGCUUGCAAAUAUAUUUUAUUAAAUGGACAACCUGAUAUUAAGAUCACUCAUCUGUAUGUCUAAAUAACAGAAAUUAACUGAAAAAUACAUUGCAGGGCUUGUGCACCAUUUUUCUGAUGUCUUGACAGUCUGUUUUUCACACUAGUAUUGUUCAAAUGUGUCCCAAUUUUUUAUGGCAUUUUCAUUUUUAGCCAUUUAUUCAAAUCUAGCUUUAACUGGGAUACAAUCACCCAUCUGCCUCCGGUGAUGCACUUUGUGCAUUUGCAGAAGGCUUU